AUGCUGCAGUUGCUCAGUCUCUCAGUGCUAGCUGUGGUUAUACAGCCGGCCCUCUCCAGCUAUAACUGCUCCUCCCUGUACAACAGGGUGCCAGACAACAGUGACCUGAGGGUGGACUGUGGUGUCAGCGUCAUAACUCUGGAGGUUAACGCGUGUACGGCACAGUGGGCAGGCUUCAACCCGGGUAAUCUGUCCUUGAAUGGUCAGCACAACAACAGCCUUUGCAAAGGGACCAUAGACACCAGCGUGGAUCCGCCGGUCAUCCAUUACCAACUGCCUGUUAAUGACAGCCAUGGCAAUCCGUGCCGAGAGUCCAUGCUGAUCGUAAACGAGGUUCCUAGCGCCUCUGGACCCUUCAGCCAGUUCUCCACCAUCCAGUCGGUCAUCAUCAGUGGCUACAUCGACACGCCCAGCUCCUCAGUGGGAGUCAUCAGCUAUGCCACAGAUCUCUUCUAUCGCUUCACCUGCCGUUACCCUUUGGAGUACCUCAUUAACAACACCAAGAUAGUGGCAUCAUCCGUGUCAGUGGCCACCAAGGAGAAAAAUGGGAGCUUUAUAGAUACCCUCAGCAUGAGUGUGUACAAUGACACCACGUUUUCACAUUCACUGGACGUUCCAUCUAAUGGACUACAGUUGCGUACUCAGGUCUAUGUUGAAGUCAAAUCAGUGAAUCUCAGUGGGAACUUUAAUCUUCUCCUGGAUCACUGCUUUGCAACUCCUUCACCCUACAAUUUAACCAACAGAGAGAAACACGACUUCUUCACUGUGUGUACCGCUGAUUCAAAGGUUUCGGUACUGAACAACGGGCGCUCCAAGAAUGCCAGGUUCUCGUUUGAGGCGUUUCGCUUUGUGGAGCAUCGUGAUCUAGAGAAAUCCUCCAUCUUUCUUCACUGCUUUCUGAGGCUGUGUGAACCUGAUAAGUGCCAGAACAUUCUCAGCAGUUGUAACAGAAGAAAGAGAGCUGUUACUGUUGAAAGUGGAGAACCUACCACAGCUACUGUUACUAUGGGGCCGUUAUACACAGCUGCCAUGACCUCUGAUCCGACUCCUGCUGCCUAUGCUGGAGGAACUAAGGAGUCUAAUAAAGCCCAUGACAACGUGUCUGGUGUGGUGCUGGGAGCCAUAUUCGCCUCUGCUGGUGCGCUGAUGCUGGUUCUGGCUGGAUGGUUCACUAUGAAGAAGUUUUGCUAA